AUGUCGUCCGCUAUCCACAACGAUGAACUCUCCAUCUCACUCCCACAAACGGACUCGACCCGUCCGAGACCCUCGCUUCCUACCGUUGUUUCUCCCCCUGCGCGCCCAGCUCUAAGUCAGACCCCGAUGGGAGAGUCUCCGGGCACGGCUCGGGCCAUGCAGCGACUUCACCAGUAUACCUUUGUCCGUAACAUCGGAGAGGGGUCAUUUGGGAAAGUCAAGUUGGCCCGGCACAAGAUUACAGGUCAAGAGGUUGCGAUGAAGACUAUCAGUCGCCGCAAACUGAUCAGUCGAGACAUGGCAGGCCGCAUUGAGCGAGAGAUCCAAUAUCUACAACUCUUGCGACAUCCCCACAUCAUCAAGCUCUACACGGUCAUCACGACCAAGACAGACAUCUACAUGGUGUUGGAAUACGUUCCCAUGGAACUCUUUGAUUACAUCGUCAAGCAUGGUCGACUGGGCGAAGCGAAGGCACGCAAGCUGUUCCAGCAGAUCAUCUGCGCCGUGGAAUAUUGUCACCGACACAAGAUCGUCCACCGUGAUUUGAAGCCAGAGAAUCUGCUCCUGGAUAAGAACAUGAAUGUCAAGAUUGCCGACUUUGGUCUCAGCAAUAUCAUGACCGACGGUAAUUUCCUGAAGACUAGUUGUGGGAGUCCGAACUAUGCUGCACCUGAAGUUAUCGGCGGCAAGCUGUAUGCUGGUCCGGAAGUCGACGUCUGGAGCUGUGGUGUCAUCCUCUAUGUGUUCCUCGUUGGUAGACUUCCGUUCGAUGAUGAGUUCAUCCCGGCUCUUUUCAAGAAGAUCCAGGCAGGGACCUUCCACAUUCCAUCUCAGACUCCGCCUGGUGCGGUGAACCUUAUUAAGCGCUGUUUGCAGGUGCACCCGGUUCAUCGCAUCACAAUCCCUGAGAUCCGACAGGACGAAUGGUUCAUAAAGGACCUGCCCGAGUAUCUGGUCGAUCCUGUGGAUGAGUUCUUGAACACUGGAGUCGACCCAGGCAAAGCGAUCGACCCACGCCAACUCGCGCCUGGAAAACCAGUCGAGGUCGCCGAGAAGAUUCAUGAGCAAGUGGUCGGCAAGCUCGGCCGAACCAUGGGUUAUGCCAAAGAGGAUGUCAAGGAGGCUCUAAGCAAGGAUGAGCCCAGUGCUAUCAAAGACGCCUAUCUUAUCGUGAGGGAAAACCAAGUCAUGGUGGACACUCCUCAGUACCGCUCAGAUAACCCCAUGCUGGAAUCGUUCAUGGCAUCUUCACCACCUGUCGAACCGAAUUAUCCAGGUUUUCCGGGAUCGCCGAGACUACGGCUUGGAGAAAACGAUGUCAAACCGCUCACACCGACCCCAGUCCGCGGAGAGGCACACCGAGCAAGCCGCACGUUAUCAGAUACUCCAGCCACGUUGAAAGAGGAGGAGAGGCCCAGAAUUUCCAAUAUUCGGGUGCUGAAUACAUCGCUUCCCCAUGUGCAUGAAGAGCUACUUCAACUUCGCGCAAAGGCGAAAGCUAAUGGCGAAGACCCUGACACUAUUCUCCACCCACCGAACCACGAAGACAAAGACGACGCCGAUAGUCCGAUUCCCGAGGAAAUUAAGGAUGAACACGGGAACCCGAUCUACCGGUCCAAGGAAGAACAAGAAGCUACAUCCAGAGCCCUCAAGCCGCAUUCUCGAUCUGUGACGGGCCUGAACGCAAUGAGAGAUACAAAGAGUCGACCCGAGAACAUGACAUCUAUGUCAACCGAUGAGAAGCGGCCGGCGGCGUCAAAGACCAAGCAAAGACGGUGGCAAUUCGGUAUUCGCAGUCGCAACCAGCCCUGGGAGGCAAUGAAGUGCUUGUACGGCGCGCUUGUCGCUCAGGGAGCUGAAUGGGAGGUCAACCCCUGGUUGCGAUCUGAACACAUGCCCGAAGGAGAUGACGACAAAGAUAGUCUCCCGCCUCCUCCACUUGAACUCGAGCCUGGCCAACGCCAUGAGGUACUGCAACAACGAUUCUCAUUCCUCGCUGAAGAUUACUACAUCCCUCGCGAUCCCUUCAACAUCCGCGCGAGAAUUCUGAAGAAAGGCUUACUCAUGCCUGGCGAAGCACCAUCACUGUCGGCUCAUAGUUCUGCAGUCAGCCUACCAGCAGAAGCACAAAAUCAGUUGAAGAAGCAUAUUGAGCAGCUGGGCUAUGCCUCAGACGACGUUAAGCAGGCAUUGGGCAUGAACAGCCCGAAUGGCGGACAAGCACCCGUCAGGUCUCCUGUUGCAUCCGCACACAGCACAAGACCCAACACUGGCGGUGGGGAGCCGGCUGGUCACAGUCAGGACGCAUUCACCGGACCAGGUCAAGCGCCCAUGAUGAGACCCGACAGCCUUGCGGCGCUGAGCAAGAAGAUACCGAGUGAGAACAUCGGAGUUUGGGUAUUUAUUGACAUUCAACUUUAUACCAUAGAUCCAGGCACCUUCGUGGUCGACUUCAAGUGCGAUGGCUAUCAGAACGUCAUAUGGCACGACUCGAAGAAGGAUCGAGACCGGAACAAGACACCUGCUACAAGUAGCACGGUCACAAGUCCAGCGAACAGCAGGCCAGCCAGUGGCUUCGGCGACAACCGCCACACCAGUUCUGACAAGUCCAGCGAGGAAGAGGGAACACCAGAAGGCUACUGGAAGCCGGUCAGCAAACGAUACAAGAACAUGGAGAAGGAAAUCUCUAGCCCGUAUCCUUAUCUCGAUGUGGCUAGUGACUUGGUGGCUCAACUAGUAAGUCUGAGUGCUAGGGCUGCACAGCGGUCUUCCUGA